UGCCUAACCAAUCGAGCUGCUUCGUAGGGCGGGUCUUGGCGUGGCCAUAGUAGGAUUCGUAAUUUUGCCUACCGCCGGUCUGUCCGUAGCUCUCCAGCAUUGAUCCUGUUAAAUGAAACAGAAACAGGAUCUGUAUUCUCAACUAGGCAUAAACCGGGACAGGCUGCACGGAUCAGACCUGCAGCGGUGAAACUUCUCUUUAACCAAGGAAAUAGGAAAGAUUGUAAAGCGCCUUGGAGACUUUAUAUUUUAAUAUUUCUUUUGGCGACAGCUCACAGAGGCUAACGAGGAGUAAACGGGUAGCAUCGUGUUUUCCCCCCUCUGUGUGGCCGUGAAUGUGCACCGGUGGUCAGUUUCCCCCAGCAAGAACUGACUCCGACAUCGCUCUCCUCUACAGCUGAACUCCACAUCCACACGGAUUCACUGGAGACACCCUGAUCUGCUGUCAUGUUGGCUUCAGUCACAGAAAGGUUGGCCUCAACUUUGUCUGUCAGAGAGAGAUUUCAUCCUCAGGAAUGCUAAUGCAGAAAACCCAAAUCCUGCUCGGUGUUAAUACCCCUGAUUUACUUGUAUGAUAACAACAAGCUGACUGAUUGGUCAGAGGGGUUGAGUGGCAGCCAGAGGUGUGUCAGUGAUGGGCAGGAAGUUAGAUCUGUCGGGGCUAACGGACAACGAGGCGGAGCAUGUGCUGCAGGUGGUGCAGAGGGACAUGAGGCUACGCAAGAAGGAGGAGGAACGCCUCAGUGAACUGAAGCAGGAGCUGGACGAGGAGGGCAGUCGCUGCCUCCUGCUGUCACGGCAGAGAUGCUUUAACCAGCGCUGCUGCAUCCGCUGCUGCUCGCCCUUCACCUUUCUGCUCAACACAAAGCGCCAGUGCCACGACUGCCACUACAACGUCUGCAAGGCCUGCCGGGUCUACAACAAGCAGGACAAAGCCUGGCUCUGCUCCGCCUGCCAGAAGAGCAGGUUGUUGAAGACACAGUCACUGGAGUGGUUCUACACUAAUGUGAAGACGCGCUUUAAGAGGUUCGGCAGCGCCAAAGUGCUGAAGACUCUUUACAGGAAGCACCUGGCAGAGCACAGCGUGCUUUCGGAGCUUACUGAGGGCAGCGCCUACGAGGAGAGUAUCUGCAAUGAGGGCAGCAUCUGUGGGAGCGACUCAACUUUCUACAGACAAAGUGAAGAGCACAGCAUGGCAGAGACACUCACUGUGGCCUUGCGGGUGGCAGAGGAGGCUGUAGACGAGGCCAUUUCCAAGGCUGAGUCCGACACUGCCAAUCAGGAGAAGCAGAAUGAGGCUCACUAUCUGCGGGAGCACAGAGGAGAGCUCAUUGAGGAACUGGCCAAAACUAUUGUGCAAAAAAUUAUUAGUACGAGGAAGGCUUUGGCUGAGAUGAGGGCAGAAUAUGGCCAGGAUUGGCCACUUGAACACAACACUGACCUUUAUCAUCAUCAUCAUCAGUCCGACUGUGAUCAAGCCUCCAGCUCCCUUAAACACCAACCAAGCCUCUGGAGGUCACACUCUGCCUUCUCCCUGUUGGACAAUGACCCCCCAGGUCUGAUACAAGACUCCUCACAGGCGCUAAAGAAGGACGGAGGUGGGUUAGCUAUGUCAACCUGGAAGAGUGUAGACCGGCUGGAAAACACUGGUGUGUCCUCAGUGCUGAAGAGCCCAGACGGGAACUGGAUCGCCCUGCAGAGCGCUCAGCUGUCUCGUCCCAGCCUGCUGACCAGAAGAAAGAGCCUGGUCUUCAGUGCCUUGGAGAGGGAGUCUGAAGUGGUGUCCGCCUACGAAGGCAUGGGCUCUGACCUCGAAACCAAACCCGACCCUGACAGAUCUUGGGGUGCCGUCCUCCAGGAGAUCCACAGGAAGAUGACGGAUUCUAACUCCAACUUGCAGGACACCCGUGACAGGAUCCCAUCCCCGCUGAUGGGCCGCCGAGGCAGCAGAGAUGAUCUGUUUUCAGACUCUGAGGGGAACUGGAAGCCUAACACACCUCUGUUGGCUCUUUAUAAGAGGAAGGUACCCGCAGAGAUCAGGCGACCUUCAUCCUCCCUUAGGACCAGCAUCAUCGAUGUGAACUUUAACGUGGAAAGAGCCGGAGUGGAAGAGGAGAGCAAGGUGGCUGCAGAGCCGGAUGUGGGAAAAGUCAGGAGAUCGCGGAGGAAAAAGAGGAGCAAAAAAGAGUUGUCUUCUUCUGUGCUGGAUUACAGCAACAAAGACAACCAUUUGCAACAUCCUUCUGAUGCUGCAACCCCUGAACCUUUUCACCUCGAGGGUGACAUGACAGGACAUGGAGCAAAUCAGAUUGAGCAGGAGCUCACGCUAAAGCUACAUCCACUAGCAGGCCGCGUUUCUGAGUCCUCCACCGGAGAAGAAGAAGUGAGAGAUGCCGGUAAUGAUGGACUGAGGGAGGAAAAGAGACGGGGGAGUGAGGACAGAGAUGAAGAAGAUGAGAGGCUGUGGAGGAUGGAGAUUGACUUGGAUGAAAAAAGAACAGAGGAAGAGGAAGACGUAGAUGAUAAAGAGAUGAAAUACAGAUUAUUCAGGCUCAUCGCAAAGUCCACACUCACAUACUUCUCAUCUACUGAUGAGUUAGACAAAGCUGGUCAGAGUAAAGAAGAAUGGGAAGGAGACAGGGGUGAAGAUAUGGAUCAAAAGGUGAAAAAGACAGACGGACUUAGUUCUAAACUCUGUCAGCUGGAAAAAGAAGUCCGGGCCAACCAGUUCUCCUCCACAGAGGAUGAGCUGGACAGAGUUGGCGUCAUGGAUGAAGAGAAGAAGAAGACAGGCGAGGAGGAGGAGGACCUGGCAGUGAAAGUGUGCCGAUUAGCUAACCAAGCCAACGCCACCCAGUUUUCAUCCUCGGAGGAUGAGUUAGACCGAGCAGGCAGAGGUGAAGAGGGGAAGGAAGCGAUAGACGAAGAGAAGCUGUGGAAACUGGAGGCGGAAAAAGACAUCCAUGCUGCUCAACUGCGUGAUUUGGCCAGUCUAGUUAGUGCUUCCCAGUUUUCUUCCACUGAGGAUGAGCUGGACAGAGUUGGAGAGAAUGAGAUGGAGGUGGAGCAGGAAGUAAAUGAAGUAGGAAUUAAGAGGGAGGAAGCAGUGGGAAAGAAUCGGAAAAGGAGAGAAUCAUUUGGAGAUUUGGAUGUGACAAUGUUUGAUUUAAGGUAUGAAAUUGAGGAAAGAAAGACGGAGAGCAGUGAUGAAAAAGUUGAAGUUGUCCAACAAGAUCAAACAGAGGUAGAGGAACAUAAACAUUGCAUGGAGGAGAGAGUAACAGAUGAGAAUGAAAGAAUGGUAAAGGGGCAUAUAUGUGAAGAAGUGGAAGUUAUGAAAGAGGACAAGGCUAAAAAAGCAAAAGAGACAGAGGAAAGACAAGAGAUGGAGUCGCUGCAAGCAGAGAAAACGGACGAGAUAUUAUCCUUACAUGAGACAAAAGUCCAACAAGAGAAGUGGCCAGACAAAGAGGAAGGAAAAGAGAGACAGGAAGAGGAAAAUAUUAGAGAAAGCAAAGGGAGUCAGGAGACAGCAGCAGACAGCGAUGAGGAAGAUGCAGAAUUUCACAGAAUAAUCAGCAGCAUGUUAAUGAUGACUUUGGAUGACAUGCAGGUAGAGACAUCAAAGGAUGAAGCUGCAGAAAAUGGGAGCAUAAAUAUAGAGCCAGAGGAAGUAGAGACCGAUGAGAAUGUAAAAAUUGGGUUUGAAAAUAGAUUUGAGGAAACCGCAGUUGAUGCACAAAGCACAAAUGAAUCCGAGGAGACAGAAAGCGCUAAAGGGGUCCAAAGUCAAGACGACAACUUGAUGCCAGAAUCGACUGUGAGAGAAAGACCAGGAGAAAAUGUAUGUGAGCAAAUUCAAGGAGAUAUUUCCAGAAAUAAGGAGAGUGGAGAUGCCACAGGUAAAAAUGACAAUGAGCAGGAAAAAUAUGGAGAUGCACAAGAAAAAAGACCUUUAGAAAUCAAAGAGACACGUAAGGAUCAUGACGAACAAGAGGACAGAAAUGUUACGACUGAGUGGAAAAUGAUAGAGACGCAAGAAGAUACUGCAGAGGGAGCUUUUGAAAAUAAAGAAACGGAUAUAAGACUGGAAAAUGCAGAGGACAUGGAGCAGAGCAGCAUCUCUUCUCUAAAGGAGGGUUUACUGUCACCUGAGGAGAUUCAAAGCGCUAGUGACAUGGAGCUUUACAAAACAGUAGAGUUUAUCUCAACUCUGCUGGAGCAGAGGUACACGGCGGUAUCUCUGCGCAGCAUCACCACUGAGGUCCUGAAGGUGUUGAAUGCCACUGAAGAGCUGCUGCUGCGGGGGGUGGAGGGAGGAGACCGCCCGCGACUCUCUAGCACCUUACUGCCCCCCAACACAGACCCCAAGAAACUGGAUGAACAGUUCUCCAGACUGGAGGAGAAUGUGUAUGUGGCAGCUGGAGAGGUGUACAGUCUGGAGGCGGAGCUGAGUGACCUGGAGGAGUGUGCAAGGGGCAUCUGCAGCGGGACGUCCGACAUGGAGCUGUCCUUCCUGGAGGAGCAGAUAGCAUCUGCCGCUGCUAAGGUUCAACAGUCUGAGCUGCAGACUUGUGACAUCUCGGCCAGAAUUGCUGCUUUGAAGAGUGCAGGCCUCAAUGUGGACCCACAACAGUCACGCUUCACUAAGACCAAGACUAUUCCAGUUACGCCCGUCACUGUGGACUCAUCAAGACAGCUGAGAAGGCGAUUACCUGCACCACCAGUGAAAGAAGACAAAGAGGAAACCUAAAUCAUCGACCCAGGACCUUUGCAGUACCUCCAACACAGCAGUGCCUUGAUCCUCUCACUCUGCAGCCUACAGGCCGGUCUUAAGUUCCAUUGCCUUAAUUUCAUUUUUAGACUAAACAUGAAAACACAAAUAAUACAGGACACUAGUACUGUAUGUCACUGGAGGAAACUGUUGAUUCUCGUGUAAUCUUACCAAAACAUACAGUAGAUGAAACUCCUUAACAGUUCUGAAAAUGUAUAGGCAUUGAUCAAUCUGAUGAAGAGAAGGAGCAGGUUAAACCCUCAGCUCACUAGAAAAUCACAACUUUUGAACAUGUGAGUUUUAGGACUUUUUUUUUUUAAGAUUUCCAAAAUAAAUGAGAGAACUGGUGAAAUUAUUACAUUGUAUAACAGCAUGUGUUCAAAAAAAUCCUAAUGUUUUAAUAACACUUUUGAAAGACUUCAUUUUAACAUCAUUAGCUGUCCAUUUAACUUGCUGAUAAAUAAAGCUAUACUGUACAGUGACUGAAAAAAACACUAAAUUAUAAGCCACUGACUAAAACCUAAAACCUGCAAUUUUUACCAUUGUAUCAUAAAUAUACAGAUUACACAUGUGGGAACAAUUAUAGCAUGUUAGAAAAUUGUUGCGAGACUGUAUCAUGUCUAAAAUAUAGACCUGUGUUUUUUCCAUGGUUGUGGAUGUUUGUACAGCAAACUAAUCAGUAAUUAUGUUUUCUGCCUUUUAUUAUUAAGUUCAGAAAAUAAAGUAGAAAUUCAAAAGG